AUGUGGAGUGCUGGGAAUCCAGAGACAGGAGAAGUUCUCCCUUCACCCCGUCAACUCCCCAGCAGUUCUGCUAUUCUGGAGAUGCCUUCUGACCAUUCUGGAGUCCUGUACCUCAGCCCAGAGACUGGACUUUUACAAGACGAGGAAGAGCUACCCGGACUGGAGGAGUACGUCGUUGUGGACCAAGUCAGCUCGGACGAGGAAGAGCCCUCGCGCCUCUCAGGACUCCGAGUGAUUGACAGCCACUUUCAUCUCGACAGGACAAGCCGCCAGAUCUGGGGAAAUAGUAGCGGUCACACCGUCGAGGACCUGCUGGAAUACAGCUAUUCUGAUGGUGUGAUCGAGCGAUCGGGAUUGCCAGUGGACGUGGUUGGAGGUGUCAUUGUCUACAGUGAGCCCAGCACCUAUCCACCUGUGGAUUUCACGCUGCAGGGGCCCUGGAGAGUGGCUGUGGGUGUCCAUCCAAAGCAUUUUGAGACACUCACAGUCGACCGGAAGAUCUGCCUCCAGCGACUACUGGAGCAUCCAAAGGUUGUGGCCUUAGGAGAGUGCGGACUAGACCGUACCAUUCCUGUCGUCAAGUGGAGACGCCAAGGGGAGGUUUUCGCCAAACUACUCAGGAUGGCGAGACCAGCGCAGCCUCUGGUUCUGCACUUGAGGGGAGUAAAGGAGGACGGCUACGGCACGGAUGUCUACAGGUCUGCUCUAGUCAUGGUGGAGGAUGCAUGUUCCAAGGAGCAGGGGAUCCAUCUCCAUUGCUUCAUGGGGGAAGAGGACGUCGUGCGUGCAUGGCUCCGUAGGUUUCCGAAAACGUAUUUUGGAGUCACAGCCGCAGUCAGACGGUUCGACGACCCCCAGAUUGAAGGUCUCCGAGCGAUCCCUAGGGACCGGUUACUCCUGGAUACUGACUCUCCGUACUUCCCACCCGCUAAGACCAGAAUAAGCACUCCAGCUUACAUCGGAGAGACAGCCGUCAUUUUAGCCGCCCACCUGGAUGCUAGGACCCCGGAAAUCCUGGAGCUUGCAACCAGCAACGCUACAGCCCUGUACGGGUUGUAG